GUUCUUGACUCUACUGGUAGCUGUUUACCUCGAAGAUGGAAACCAUUCACCGUGAGAGUUGUGAUAACGAGGUCCUGGUAACACUUCCAAAUCCCAGAUGCCAUUUACAUCUGGGGGACGACGUCUAUGUGACAGCCAAGACAUGGAAUGGAAAACUAGAAAUUCAUGUGAGGAAGUACGAAGUGUACCCGAGUGGCAAGACCUACCCAACCAAACGAGGCAUCGUGCUUACCUUGAAACACUGGCUGGAAGUGUCUAGUGUUCACAUGCAGCUGAAACAGCAGGGAAGGUACUCACACGUCCAUGUUGGAGGGAACAUGUACGCUUCCUGGGACGACAAUGGUAUUGAUGUGCGACAGUGGGAGAAUGAUCAGAAAAGUGGUAGAGUGAUACCUACCAACCAAUGUAUUCUGUUGUCCCUAGAUCAGUGGGAAAAGCUGGUAGAUUGUGUAAGAGUCAUGUCAGACUUUGUGCCAGAACUGAAGGACAGGGUACCCUGUAUGCUUCAGGACGAUCAUCAAAACCAGAUGGGGUACCUCCAGUGUUCCUUUUGCAACCCUAGUGACUACAGUUACUGGGUGUAAAGCCAUUCUUGGUUUAGACGCUGUACUGUGUGGACGUGUUACCAUUGGUCUGGGGUAUCAUGGAUGUGUGUGGACAUUACCCAUUCGACAAGACUGUCGUUGCAGAUUGCUGUGCAAUCAAGACUGAAUGGACUUCAUUCCAGAAAAGACUCGAUUCGUUUAAAGAC